AUUCUCUCAUCAUGGCUGGUGGUCUUACAUUCCCAGUUCAUACACCAACUUACCUCUAGCUCUCCUAGCUACCUUGCUCUUUCACCGGAUGUUUCCUAUUCUCCGUCAACCGCCCUACUAAUUCGUUCUACGUCACGCACUACCAAGUCCCUCCCCGCCCCGUCCAAGCCCGGAAGUCCGUCAGGAAGCCCGCUGGGGAAGUCCGUUGGGGAAGUCCGCUGCCUUCGGACAGCGGCUCUGCUGCACACCCUCCUGCAUCGUUAGCCCUCUCUGCCCCCAAAGAAGGACUGGGCGCAGCUCUAUGGACUUCGGGAAAAGGGAACGGGACGAAUCAGUUUGGGGAAAGGGGAAGCCAAAUGCUGUCAUUAACGGAUAUGGGAACGGAGACUGUGCGGACUUCAAAUGCGACGCACAAGACGGACGGAAGAGGACGUUUUCGAAGCCGAUGACAUAAACACAUCAAGAUGGUGAUAUAUAUCUCAACGCUAGAAGAUUACUUCUUCAAACCGAGUGACUUAUAGAGCUACUUUUCGCAUAUCAUCCUUCCCCAUUUAUGCAACGUUAGGCUUCGACAGCGACAUCUACAAUACCUCAAAACUUUCAAAAUCAUGGCCCCACCAGCAGCAGUUGACGAGAUCGCCUCUAGCCUCGCUAUGGGCGGUGAUGUUGAUUCCCAAGGUGCCACUACAUUUUUUACCUCUCUUCCAUUUGCCGGAAAAGUCGCCCUCAUAACCGGUGCAUCCCGUGGAAUCGGCCGAGGCAUGGCUCUCGAGCUCGCCCAGCGCGGCUGCUCCAUCAUCGCGAACUAUGCGUCGUCCGCGACGGAAGCCAAGUCGCUCGUUAGUGAGAUCCACAAGCUCGGAACUGGCGCCAAGGCUAUUGCUCUGCGUGCCGAUGUCUCUAAGCCUGAUGAGAUCUUCCAGCUCUUCGAAGACGGCAUCGCCCACUUUGGCCACCUGGACUUCGUCAUUUCAAACUCCGGCACUGAGGUUUGGAAAGAUGAGCUCAAGGUCACCGAGCAGGACUUCGAUCGAAUUUUCGACCUCAACUGCCGUGGUCAGUUCUUCGUCGCCCAGCAAGGCAUGAAGUAUCUCCCACGCGGCGGCCGCAUCAUCCUCAUGUCCUCGAUUGCUGCCUCUAUCUCGCACGUGCCCAACCACGCCUUAUACGCAGGCUCAAAGGCAGCCGUGGAGGGGUUCACAAGGUGCUUCAGCAUUGAUUGCGGCCCGAAGGGUAUCACCUGCAACGCGAUUGCUCCGGGAGGCGUCAAGACCGACAUGUUCCAGGGUAAUGCAUGGCAUUAUACACCUGGCGGAACACCGGAUACGCCAAUGAGCGAAAUCGAUGCGGGUAUUGCAAAGGCCUCCCCAUUGAACCGCGUUGGGUAUCCAGCUGAUAUUGGCCGUGCCGUAUCACUACUUGUGAGCCCAGAAAGCGAGUGGAUUAAUGGCCAGGUCAUCAGACUGAGUGGAGGAGCCAUCUAAAUGGUGCAUCAGUCGUUGCUUUCAAAGAGAAAUGGCUGAACAGCAUUGGUUUCUGACUGUCGUGUCACAAUAUUGUAUGGACGAGAAAAUGUCGAACAUUGCAUGCAGGUUUCUGUUCCUCAACCUCUACAUGUAACUUGCAAAUAAUAGAUUGAAUCUAAACCAAA